AGUUAUUCAUGGGACAACUUACUCCCGCCUUACGGCAUAUAUCUUUUGCCAACAGUGAAUACUUAUCACACUGGAAAAAACUAAACGGAAAACAAGGAGAAACAGCUCAACAACGUCUUUUUAUCUAGUCUUUGUUCGAUAUUAAAGUGAGGUACAGAGUUAAGGCUAAACUUUUCGCAUUGUAGAUUCAGUUAAUUAAGAUAUAUAUUACCUUGACGACGCAAUUAAAACGGCAUCCACGUUGGCAGCAUUGCUCUUCCGUAGCAACCAGCAAAAAUAAAACUGGAGGGGGAAGAGAGAGUGAAAAUGGCAGCAGGAGAGAGGAUAUGUUGAUAUAUCUCGGUUUUUGUGUAAUUUUGUUGGACGGCACCAAUGGACUUCCUCGGACUCUUCGACCCAGCGAACUCUGAUGAGUUGGGAGAUGGUGGUGAGACCUUCACAGACCAGCUCCCACCAGAGCCACAGGUGGGGAAUGUGGAAUAUAAGCUGAAGUUAGUCAGCCCAUCUAAGCAGCGCUUUGAACAUCUUGUUACACAGAUGAAAUGGCGACUGCGUGAGGGCCAGGGUGAAGCCAUUUAUGAAAUUGGUGUAGAAGAUAAUGGAGUUUUGGCAGGAUUGUCAGAUUAUGAAAUGUCUGCAAGCCUGCAGACACUUCAGCAGAUGGCUUUCAAGUUAGGUGCCACAACCACAAUACUGAGAGAGAGACUGAUUGAUAAUGAGAAUGGAAAUGGCAGAAAAGUAGCAGAGGUCCUUGUCAGAAAGGUACCUGAUGACCAACACAACAUUGAGGUACGUGUAGCUGUAAUGGGAAGUGCAGAUGCUGGAAAGUCAACGUUGCUUGGAGUACUCACCCAAGGACAGUUGGACAAUGGCAGAGGUUGUGCUCGGCUCAACAUGUUCCGUCAUCUCCACGAAGUACAGUCAGGAAGGACAUCAUCUAUAUCACAUGAAAUUCUUGGAUUUGAUUCACAGGGUCAGGUAAUAAACUACAGUGAGCUAAUGACAGCAGAGGAAAUCUGCGAGAGUUCCACAAAGCUGGUGACCUUUAUAGAUCUGGCAGGACACAGGAAGUACCUGCGCACCACGGUCUUGGGUCUCACUGGUUACUCUCCACAUCAUGUAAUGCUGGUGGUUAGCGGGAGUGCAGGCAUUGUUGGCAUGACCAAGGAACAUUUGGCACUCGCUCUUGCAUUGGACGUCCCAUUUUUCAUUGUUGUGACUAAGAUUGAUCUUGCAUCACCUACUGCAACUGUCCGAUCACUUGAUUCAGUUCUGAAAUCCGUUGGCUGCCGAAAAGCUCCUAUUCUCAUACAAAAUGAAGAUGAUGUGAUUACUGCAAGCUCUAACCAGUUGGAGGGAAAUAUUGUACCAAUUUUCUGUGUAUCAAGUGUCACAGGUGAAGGCCUUGAACUGCUUACAAAAUUUCUGCAUGUCAUUCCACCAGGCAUUAGUCUUAAGGAGAAGGAACGUCUAGAACAGGAAUUGUGUGAAUUUCAAAUAGAUGAAACGUUUAGAGUACCAGAAGUGGGCACAGUUGUGGGUGGCCUCCUUACAAAGGGUGUUGUUACUGAAGGAACAAGAUUAAUUAUAGGUCCCUUUGAUGAUGGUGAGUUCUUGCCAGUAAUUGUACAGUCGAUUCACCGCAACAAGGCCCCAUGUCGGGUAGUUCGAGCAAGCCAGAGUGCCUCUCUCGGUCUGAGUCGAGAGGUCAGUGGGCUCAGGAGCGGCAUGGUACUCCUAAGUCCAGAUUCAGAUGCAUCUGGAUGCUAUUUCUUUCAGGCAACAGUUUACGUCUUAUUUCACACCACAGCAAUAUACAGAGGCUUCCAGACUACUGUCCAUAUAGGAAACAUUCGCCAGACUGCUGUAAUAGUAGGUAUAAUGGGUGUUGGUGGUAUUCAUACGAAUGACAGAGCGUCUGUAUUGUUCAGGUUUGUGAGACACCCAGAACAUGUUAGAGUUGGUAUGAGGCUACUUUUUAGAGAAGGUGUUACUAAGGGUAUUGGCAAGAUAACACAAGUAUUUCCAAUCCAACAGCAGUGAAACUUUUCUAUUGAAAUGUUUAAUUGAAAAUUGCAAAGAAACACCAAUUAACAAGUACUGAUUCACUUCCCAUAGAGUCAUAGAAGUGACAAUGAGACAAAAGAAAUCUGCACGUCAUUUCAUUUAUAUAUACACACACAUUUUCAAGUGUGCUUUAUUAUUAUCUUUUCUCAUAAAUCAGUCUCUCUUAAAUAAAACAGUAGUAAAACCCACUAGUAGUAUUCUAUCAAUAUGGCUGUGAGACUGAGCUCUGAAAUGUGUGAGAUUUCGUGCAUUCUAAUUAUACAGAGCCAUAAGUUAUUUUUUAAUACUGUUUUGAGUUACUUAUGAAAUAUUAAAAUGCUUAUGAACCUUUCUCAUUUUGGCAUUGAUCUUUAAUCAAGAGUACAAAAUGUCAUUUUAUAGAUAUUGGACCUAAUGUAUUGUGCCAUUUAAAGACAUUUUCUUUUUUAGCCUUACUUCUUGUACUGUCUUAGUAAUAGCAUUGUAUUUGUGAGACUGAGUUGCUUUUGUACAAAAUGGAGCAAUAGGACUUUGUUAAAUUUGACGGAGGCAUUCUUGAACAAUGAAGAUGCAUAUAUAGGUCUAAUUAUGGAUGUAUCAGUUCUGUGUAUGUUUUUGAAAAUGUCAUAUGUUUUUGUUUAUUCUAACUAGUGGUUCAGUAUCUCAUGACCAGUACUGGCUUUACUCCUUCAUGUUUUAAUAUUAAUAAUAAUCUUUACAGAUGUACAUUUAAUUGUGAAAAACUUUCUUUGAACACUAUUCAUCAGUAAAGCCCCUCUAACACAUAAUAUAAUAACAAAGUGUUGUGCAAAAUAAAUCUCUUUUAUUAGAGCACUAUAGUCGAGGUUAUCAAAACUCAUCUUCUUUAAUAUGACUUUCUGUAACUAUGAUAGAGACACAUAAAAAUAUUGCAAUUAAAGUUGAGAAAAUUCCAUUGCUUGGGCAUUACAUAGUUUAUUACACUGGAAAGGCUAUUAGUUUCACUAUAAGUUAUUCCAGAAGUAUAGGUUAUAUACUACAGAGAUAUAGUUACUGUUUUACCAUUUAAUUUUCUUGUGACAAGUUUUAAUAGUCACUCAGCCCUUUCACAAGACACAUUUUCUUCUGUCUUUGUCCUGAUCUGAUUUCAGUGUCAUUGUGUUGUUCUCUGCAGUAUUCCAGUCAGUGAUAUUUACCUAUGAAAAAUUAAAAAUAUCCAAUAUUUCAUUGACUGUGAAUUUUAUGCAUUCUCAUAAUGAAGAGUGAAAUGCAGUAUGAAUGAAGGAAAGUUUGUGCUGUAUGUGAAAAAUUAUCAUAUUUUGACAAUCUGAGUCAUCAGAAAUAUGAUUUUGUUUACUUUUAGAAAGCUUAGACUAUUUGUUAUUUAUGUUCAUGGUGCAAGUUCAUAAUAAGGAUGUUUACUUUUCUGGGAAAGAUAUUCCUCUGUAUUGUAAAAGUGAUGAAAUGACUCAUUAACAGUUGUGUACUAGUGAAAGUUUCCACUCUAAUAGAUAACCUCUGAUCAAUGCUGCCUGUAGUUACCAUAGUGAAAGUGCUUUGCAGAAAAGUAAUUUUCCUGAAAAUGGAAUUGCUUUUGAAUGCAUACAAAAUACCAUGAUAUUAAUGUAUGUGCAACAUAAUCUUGAUUGUGAAUUUCAAGCAACAAUACCAUCAAAUAGGAAAGAUGCUAUCCCAGUAAUAGAGUCGUCAAGUUGUUGUCAGCAACACAAUGACUGUCAGUUAGUAAUUAUAUUUAUCAAAUAAGAAAUAAUAGUGUUGGGGAAGAAAAGUCCUCAGAUUCACAGUAGUAAUUAUCUUGUAGGCAACGGACGGUGGAUGGAAUGUAAGUACAAACAAACUCAUUCUAGCCAUUCAUAUAAAAUCUCUUUGAUUUUCCUCUACCAUGUCCGUAUCUUCAUAGUAACAUGUGUUAUACCACAUGUGAUUUUGUCACAGAAGAUCAGUAGUGGUUUUUUUGUAUUGCUGUUGUGUGAAUGAAGGCUUCUUUUGUUAAAAUAAUACAGUCAUUUCUUUGAUGGUGGUGUUGUUUGAAAUAAUUAAUAAAGCAUUUUAUAAAUGCUGGAUAUAACAGAUUUGAAAAUCAUAAGAAAUAUGUUUUCAUAACACUUUAAAUAUAUAUUAUAAUUGUGUCCAAAUUUUUUUUGUAUAAUUUUAGUGCUAUGAGUUAUAUUUAAUUUCCAUUUGCGGCCCCAUUUCAAACUGCAUGGACAGAAAGUGAAAUGUACUGCCAGUGAAGAUUUAGCUCUUUGACAUCUCUAUUCAUGAAAAUGAGUUGUAUAUUAUAUGUUAUAAAUUUUACAUUGUGUACUUAAUGCUUUUAUGUCUCUUUCUUUAAUAAUGCUGGUAAACUUUAUGUAUGGUGAAAGUCUUAUUCUUUUCUAUAUUUUUGAAAUACGUGUGCAGGUGCAGUGUAAUAAAGAUACAGCUCAAGGAAUCAACAUUUUCUGCAGAACAUUUUGUAAUAAUUGUUUCUAGGUUUUUUGUUUAAAAUAUGAUUUCAUGUAUUUCAUUUCACCCCUUGUACCUGUAUGGUGAACGUAUUAUGUAUAUAUUAUGUACAUUUUUGUUGCACAGUUGUAAGUUAAUCAUUAAUGUGUAAAUGUGUUAUAUUGUGUGCAUGUGUAAAUAUUAGUUUGACUCAUUACAUGCCAUUUUCAAUAAUUGCUGAAACACACACAUCUUUUGUAUCAUGCUGUGUGCUGUCACAAGAGCAAAGAAAGUACUGUAUCUGAUUACUUGUCAGUCUGUGUAGUAACUGAUGUAUCAUCAUCUUGCUCCAGGCUUUUGAUUGCAUUAUAAUAAAGUAAGCUAGUAAAUA